AUGGCGACCCUGUACACACUCCCCGCCGAGCUCCUCGUGCGUAUCUGCGAGCUGGCCGACCGGCGGGACCUGUGGGCACUUGUGCGGACGUGCACGUGGCUGCGACGCGUGGGGCUGGGGCUGUACAUGGCGCGCCUCGGCGUCUCGCGGGCGCACGCAGAGUCUGGCACCCUGACGCUGCCCGCGGCGCACCAGGCGCUGCUAAUCGUGCUUGUCGGCCACAUCCGGCCGCUCCAGAAGCUGGUCGCGUUCCGGUACCUGCGCUGGCCGGCCCCGACGGCGGUCGAAUUCGAGAGUCUGGCGCUGGCGGCGGUGCUUGCGGCGGUGCCGUCCAUCCCGGAUGUGAUGGUUUACAACCGACACAGCAACGCGAAUGCUGCAAGAACGACGCGCGAAGCGGUUGAGCUGCUUGCGCGUAUGCCGGCCGUUACCGAGAACCUGCUGCUUAUCGUCCAUGGACCAUGGGGAGCACUGGGUGCUCUCCCGGCCCCGGAAAACACCACCCGUGGCGUGAUCUUACCUGCCCUACUCUGGGGCGUCCCGCUUCUGGCCGUGGUCCUCGCGAAGAACAUUUUGAUUGUACUGCUAUGGGUGUGGGACGCCCUCGUCGGCCCGCCGUGGCCGUUCGAGGCGCGCCUGGCGCACGCUUACGGGCCGGUUGAGUUUACCUACUGGAUGCGCGUGCAGACGCUUCCAGCACGGCUUACACUCGUCACGCUCGUCGACAAAGAGAAGCCGGUGCUCACGAUCCGCCCGGCGCUGAAGGGCCUCUCAGCCUCGCAGCUCUUCGCUGUCAUGUACGCGCUUGACAUUGCCCUGCACCGCCACAUGCAGACGGUGGUCGUCGCGCCAAAUGCUAAGGUGAACUACGGCGACCUGGACUGGCUGGUGCGCCGCCACGCCGGGCGCGAGGCUAUCACGCUCGGCCCGGGCAGCAUCCGCGCGGCGUCCCUCCCGAGGGCGCCGACUCAGAACCCUGCGCACAGGGCAGGUGCCGCCAUCCUCAAUUCGCCGGCGGCGUACGUCCCGUACUUCCUUGUGCCAUACGCGCGCGAGAUUGCGCUAGCAGCGCCAAAUGGCAGAUUCAACGCAGCGGAGCACGACGCCGCGCUGAACGCCAUCGCCGCGCUCCCCGGUGCGCAGCCUAUCCAUCUCUCUCUUGCCCUCCGGCCCGGGAAGACCGUUGCCGGACUGCCGUGGACGCGGCUCACCACAGCGGACGCGGAGGCCGGCGCGGCGUAUCCCCGGCCGACGCGCGUGGCGGCGCUAACGCUGCGCGCGGUCGGCGGCCCGUUCCGCGCGGUGCACCUCCUGGACGACACGAACGCGUUCACGCGCUGGCUCACGCUGUUCCCCGGCCUGCGCCUGCUAGUAUUCGCGCCCGGCGCCGUGGAACUGCCGGCGCAAAAGAGGGCCGCGCUGGAGCAGAAGAUACGGGCCGCGUGCGGCGACGCAACGGCGAUUAUGUGGAAGGCCUAG